AUGAUCUCGCAGGAUCAUUCGAAGCUGGAUUCAAAUAUGAUUUGUCGUCAAAUACAAGCACUAGUCCAACAGCAACCAAGCAUCAAUGUAUCGGUUUUAAUAGCGGAGAUAAAAAAUCGAUACGGAUACACAACGACAUAUAGGAAAGUAUGGACAGCUAAGCAAAAAGCAGUUGAAGCAGCAUUUGGCAAUUGGGAGGAGUCCUACAACGAAUUACCAAGAUGGUUAUCAGCGUUGCAACAGUUUGUUCCUGGGACAAUAGUUGAUCUUGAGACCCAGCCAGCAUACGAUGGACCUUACCUGGUACGUGAUGCUCAAAUCUUUCAUAGAGUUUUUUGGAGCUUCUCCGCCUGCGUGGAGGCUUUUAAAUAUUGCAAACCGGUCAUCCAGAUAGAUGGCACCAUAUUUAUGGCAAAUACAAAGGCACUUUGUUGUUGUGUAACACCACAACAAGGAAUAUGCUUUAUAUCUGAUCGCCAUGGAUCCAUCAAAUCAGCUUUUAGAUCACUUGGCCGUGAGAUGAGUGCUCCUCAUGCGUACCAUGUUUACUGCAUUAGACAUAUCUCGGCCAAUUUCAUGCGUCGUUUCAGAAACAAAGAAAUGCAACGGAUAGUUGUCAAUAUUGGUUAUUUGCAAACCAUUCAAGAUUUUAACUAUUGGUAUGGUUUACUACGGGACAACGAUGAAGAGGCGACGAGAUGGUUGGAUAACAUACCGCGGGAGAAGUGGGCUCAAGCGUUCGAUAAAGGAGGGAGAAGGUAUGAUCACAUGACAACCAACUUCGCAGAAUGUGUUAAUUUAGUGCUUAAGGGAACAAGAAACCUUCCUAUAACAGCUAUGGUUAAAUCAACAUACUUCCGACUUGCGGAGUUGUUUCUGAGAAAAGGUGUACAGGCACAAGCUCAGAUCGCAUCAGGCCUUAUCUUCUCAGAAUCACUAAUGAAGGCAAUCCAAGAAAAUCAACAAGUAGCGUCCAGCAUUUAUGUACGUCAAUUCGACCGUGAAGAGAAGUCAUUCAUGGUAGAUGAGAUGUCACCCCCGCAAUAUGGGAGACAAUCUAGCACUUUUCGCAUCAACCUAAGAUCACAUUGGUGCGAUUGUGGUGCUUUUCAGACGCUACAUUUUCCAUGUCGACAUGUCCUUGCAGCAUGCUCGCAUAUUCGUCUACACUGGGAGGAGUAUGUUGACAAUGUGUAUAGGCUUCAAACAGUUUUUAAGGUAUAUCGUAAAGAGUUUGAGCCAGUAUCAAAUGAGGGAUAUUGGAACCCUUAUAAUGGUCCACGUCUACGUCCUAAUAUUAUGAUGAGAAGACCGACGAAAGGAAGACCAAAAUCUACAAGGAUUCAUAACGAGAUGGAUAUUAGGGAAGAUGUUCAGCGAAAACGUCGUGGUUCAUGUCGAAACGAAAGGACAUAG